UUCAUAAAUAGCCUGAUUGAAUAACUGACUUGGCGGACCUUAACCCCAUCUUAAACGGGUCGGACUAUUCAGCUUCCCCCACCCAUGAAUGUGGCCCUAAACUCAGAGUGUCUGUGGCACGGUAAUUCGUAAGCGCAGCCAUGGCAAGAACCUCUCUCCUUCACUUGCUGCGAUCACAGAGUUCCCGCCACUUCUGCAGAACCACUCCUUCAGCAUACCAAUGUUUUAGGUCCUCAACCUGUGGACGGCCCAUUACACCCAAUCCAUCUCAUAAAACUUCGUCCCAUCUUGCUGUUUUCCAAAGAAGAUGGGCAUCACCAGCCCCAGCUGCAGAGGAAGAUGACAAGAUUAGCAUUGGACCUCGUGGUGGAGGACAAUCAGUGGAACCCGACAAGGAAACUGGAAUUGUUUAUCAUGGCCCGAUCUCAAACACCAUAAAGAAAGUAAAACUUUUGUCUCUCUCAACUUGCUGCCUCUCGGUGUCCCUCGGUCCGGUCAUAACCUUCAUGACAUCCCCCGACAUGAAUGUCAUCCUCAAAGGUGCAGUGGCAUCAUCUGUAAUAUUCCUCAGUGCCUCUACAACUGCUGCCCUUCAUUGGUUCGUUAGCCCGUAUAUUCACAAACUCAGGUGGCAGCCGGGUUCGGACAGCUUCGAGGUGGAGAUGCUGUCCUGGCUGGCAACUUCAAUUCCAAAGACUAUCAAGUUUUCCGAUAUUCGACCACCGGAAACCCAAAGGCCUUUUGUCACAUUUAAGGCCAAUGGGAACUUUUACUUUGUGGACGCAGAGCACUGUCAUAAUAAGGCGCUUCUGGCUAGACUCACCCCACAAAAAGGGACUCAUGAUUCAGCUUUCAAAAACUUGUGAUCUGAAAAUACUGUUUUGAGCUUUCAGGUAUUUUACUGAUAGCAUUAGAAGAUUAAGGUAUGACCCUGCAUUAGUUUCAGUCUGCGCAUGGAAUUUUGUUUUACACUCUUGAGAUUUGAUCUCGUCUUCUGAUACCAUAAACCGUUAAGUCUGCUGACUAAUUAGUAGCAGUAGUAUUUUAUGCAAAUUCUGGUAUUUUUGCAAGCUUUUUGUUAUACAUGAUGAAUGCUCAAGAUUGUCUUGUUUUUUUCUUCAUGAACACGGUCCACACAGCAUACCAAAGCUGGCAAUCAAGGACACUAAUCUGCAGCUUGUUGCCAACCAAACGUUAUUUUGAGACACUAUGGACUUGUUUAAUUCUAUCUUAUCUCGACUCUAUUUUUUAUUAUUGUCUAAAUUAGAUUUUGUUA